UUUUUCUUUUUUUUUUGAAUGAUCCACUUGCUAAAGUCCGAAAGGUGAUCGAUCGAGCCGCAGUACACAAGUAGUCAAGCUCAGCUUUGAAUCUCUAUCCAUGCCCCCUGUUCCCUCCAAAUCCAAUUUAUAAAUACCUCUGCUUUGAGCUCCCUCCAAAGUCCAAAACCAACCAGAGAUCCCCUGCUCACUCACUCUGGUACAGUAGAUAGAGCUCGCCUCACUCACACUGGUGCACUGCCAUGGCCAUGAACGUGAUUGCGCUACUUGGCCUCUUGGCAGUUGCAUCGGUGGUGAGGACGGCUUCCGGCGCCGGCGGCCAUGACUACGCCUCGGCAUUGAAGAAGACCAUCCUCUACUUCGAGGCACAGCGGUCCGGCGUCCUCCCGCCCAACCAGCGGGUCACCUGGAGAGGGAACUCCGGUCUCUUCGACGGCAAGGCCAACGGAGUGGACCUCGUCGGAGGGUAUUAUGACGCAGGGGACAACGUGAAGUUCGGCCUGCCGAUGGCGUUCACGGUGACCAUGAUGUCGUGGGGCAUCCUGGAGUACGGCAGACAGAUGGCGGCGGCCGGGGAGCUGCGCAACGCCAUGGACGCCGUCAAGUGGGGCACCGACUACUUCAUCAAGGCCCACCCGGAGCCCGAGGUGCUGUACGGCGAGGUGGGCGACGGCGACACGGACCACAGCUGCUGGCAGCGGCCCGAGGACAUGUCCACCAGCCGCCAGUCCUUCCGCAUUGACCCCCAGAACCCCGGGUCCGACCUCGCCGGAGAGACCGCCGCGGCCAUGGCCGCCGCGUCCCUCGUCUUCCGCAACACCUACCCGGGCUACGCCAACCUGCUCCUUGAACAUGCCAAGCAGCUGUUCCAGUUCGCCGACAAGUACCGUGGCAAGUACGACGCCAGCAUCCCCGUCGCUCGCAACUACUACGGAUCCUUCAGCGGAUAUGGGGAUGAGCUUCUGUGGGCGGCGGCGUGGCUGUACGAGGCGACGGAGGAAGGGUGCUACCUCGAGUACCUGGCCCGCAACGGCGACGCUCUGGGCGGCACGGGCUGGUCCAUCAACCAGUUCGGCUGGGACGUCAAGUACCCCGGCGUGCAGGUGCUGGCAGCAAAGUUCCUCCUGCAGGGCCGUGCCGGCGCGCACGCCGCGGCGCUGCAGCGGUACCGGCAGAACGCCGAGUUCUUCGUGUGCUCCUGCGUCGGCAAGGGCGCCGUGAACGUGCCGCGGACACCCGGCGGCGUCAUGUACCACCAGCGCUGGAACAACCUGCAGUUCGUCACCAGCGCGUCGUUCCUGCUGACGGUGUACGCGGACUACGCCACGGCGCUACCCGGCAGCUCCGGCGGCGCCGUGCGGUGCCCCGCGGGCGCCGCGCGGCCCUUCGAGAUCCUCGCCUUCGUCAGGUCCCAGGUGAACUACAUCCUCGGCGACAACCCGCGGGGCACCAGCUACAUGGUCGGGUACGGCGGCAGCUUCCCGCGGCAGGUGCACCACCGCGGCGCCUCCAUCGUGUCCGUCAGGACGGACCCGUCCUUCGUCAGCUGCCAGGAAGGGUACUCCGCCUGGUACCCGAGGCAGGCCGGCAACCCAAACGUCCUGGAGGGCGCCAUCGUCGGCGGGCCCGACGAGUACGACGACUUCGCCGACGAGCGGAACAACUACGAGCAGACGGAGGCCGCCACAUACAACAGCGCGCCGCUGCUCGGUGUCCUCGCCCGCCUCGCCGGCGCCUGCGGCACCGGGCUGGAAGAGUACCAGCUGCCACCCCCGGAGGCCGCCGCGAACGAGACGUCGUCGCCGUCUCACCGUCGCCGACAUCACGCGCCGUCGUCGUCCCCGAUCGAGAUCGAGCAGAACGUGACGAGGACGUGGGCGAGGCGCCGCACGACGUACUACCGCUACUCGGUGACGGUGACCAACAGGUCGAGGAAGACCGUCCGGGAGCUCCACCUCGGCGUCUCGGAGCUCCGUGGCCGGCUCUGGGGCCUCGACAGGGCAAGGUACGGGUACGUGCCGCCCAAGUGGCUGCCGGCGUUGCGCGCUGGUAAGAGCCUCAGGUUCGUGUACGUCCAGCACGGGACGCCGGCCAACGUCUGGGUCACCGGCUACAAGCUACUCUGAAGUUCUGUAGUCGCCAAGUGAUCGACUGUGGCACUGUGCUAGUAGCAUGCUAGGAUUGGAGUUUGGUGAGUUUGUUUAGCUGCACCGGCACCGCGAUUUGGUUAGGUUGCUAUCUCGCUGAGGAUGGAGUGAAGAGAUCGUAGUAAAAUAUGCGCGAGUGCUCAUCCUCUUCCUCCCAAGACCAAGAGUAUUAGUAUUCAGUGUGUCCUAUUUUGGUUAGGAUGGCAAGGGACUUUGAGAGAUGAAGUAAUUAAGUGCUCAUCCUCUUGCCCUUGCGAGUUAUCGAAUGUUAUAUCAGAAAUUCGACUUUUUUUUGUUGUGUUUCUUCUAGCGUUCUGCCGCGUCAGAUCAAAAGAAAGUAAGAGCAUCU